AUGGGUUUUGUGACUUUUGGUUCGCUCGCUGGGCUUGGGGUUUCAGCGGCAGGAAUCCUAGUGUUAUUCCUUGUGGUGAAAGGCGUGUAUUUUGCGUUCUUCCACCCUCUCGCCAAAGUCCCAGGGCCCAAACUCUACGCAUUCUCCGACCUCCCAUACCUUUACUACCUUCUCCGCGGGGAAUGGCCGCAGAAGCUCAAGCGGCUCCAUGACGAAUACGGACCAACGGUCCGGUACACGCCUGAUUUUGUGUCCUUCAUCUCGGCCGGGGCAUGGAAAACCAUCUACGGCCACCGGGCCGCUGGACAAGAAUCCUUCCCCAAGGACCCAGUCACCCGGGGUACCACGCGAUCAGGGCACCCGCACAUUGUCCUAGCCAAUGACGAGGACCACCGACGUCACCGCCGACUUCUCUCGCAUGCCUUCUCCGACCAGGCAUUGCGCGGUCAAGAGGACAUCAUGAAGCAGUACGUUGAUUUGUUGCUGGUCAAACUGUCCGAAAAGGCCCGGUCCGGCACAGCAGUCGACUUGGUCAAGUGGUACAACUUCACCACAUUCGACCUGAUCGGUGAUCUCGCCUUUGGCCAGUCCUUUAACUGCCUUGAGGACGGGGGGUACCACCCUUGGGUUGCCAUGAUCUUUGACAAUAUCAAGUUAAGCGUGUUCUCGGAGACGUUCCAGCGGUACCCGAUACUCAACCUCCUCAAGUCCUUGUUUGUUUCCAAAAGAUUGAUCAACAGCCAGAAGGAACAUUGGGAACUAGUCGAACAGACGACAAAACGGAGGCUCGCAAGUGGGAAUGUGACUCGCGAGGAUUUCAUGUCAUACAUCCUACGACACAAUGAUGAGAAAGGCAUGACUCCUGGAGAGAUUAUUGAGAACGCAAAUGUCCUCAUCAUCGCGGGGAGCGAGACAACUGCGAGCUUGUUGAGCGGGACAACGUUCCACCUCCUCAGCAAUCCUGAUAAGUACCGAAAAUUGGUCCAGGAGAUUCGGAGCUCUUUCAACACCGAGGACGAUAUCACACUUUUGGCCGCGAACGGGCUCGCCUACACCAACGCUGUGUUUGAAGAAGGCUUCCGCAUGUAUCCCCCCGUACCUCUUGCUCUGUCUCGCCGCACCCCGCCCAACGGGGAGGAGAUCGAGGGGUAUUGGAUGCCGGGAAAGACAGCGGUUGGGGUCCCGCAAUGGGCCGCUAACCAAAGCGAGACCAACUUCCGUGACGCCAGCAAAUUUAUUCCCGAACGGUGGUUAGGUGACCCCAAGUAUGCGAACGAUUCCCGCGCGGCGAUGCAGCCAUUCUUGUUGGGCCCGCGUAAUUGUAUCGGGAAGAAUCUUGCCUACGCGGAAAUGCGCCUUAUCCUGGUCCGCCUGCUCUGGAACUUUGAUCUUGAACUCAUGCCCGAAAGCAAGACCUGGAACAAGCAAAAGAUUUAUCUGCUCUGGGAAAAGCUCCCUCUCAACGUCAAGUUAAUCCCGGUUUCAAAGCGUUAA